UGGCCAGUCAGUAAUCCAUACGAAGCCCGCCUCCUGCACCACUUCAUCGUGCAUUGUACCAACUGGAUCGAUGUCUGCGACCCGCGUCGACACUUUGAAAAAGAAGUGCCAAAACGCGCAGCACAGUUCCCAGUCAUCCUCAAUGGCAUCCUCGGCCUUUCAGCACGACACCUAUGGCUCAUGGGCAAAGUCGAAGAAGACCACUCCCAGACAUACGUAGACCAAUGUCUUCAAGCGCUCAUCGUAGCCCUCGAAGAUCCCCUCGCGCACUGGGAUGAGAACUUCCUCGUCGCCGUCAUCCUCUUGCGCCUGCAUGAAGAAAUGGGCGACGCAGACGAGCAAUGCCAUCACUUCGGCACAGCACGCAUCCUGAACUCUAUCUCUUCCUUCGCAGCCGACGGCGGCCUGCGCGAGUCCGCUAGCUGGGUCUCACUCCGGCAGCACAUCUACGUCUCCCUCACCACCCAACAACCGCUCAAUCUCAGCCUAGAGAAUUACCGGCACUCCUCAGUGUUCCGCGAAUAUGACGACGAGUCGUGGGCGAACCGGAUAAUAUUCCAAUUUGCAACGGUCCUGCAGUACGUCUUUGACGACGUCGACGGCGCGAACUCGCUCACACGCGAGAAAUGGGCUGAGCUCGACGCCGAUGCAGAGGAGUGGCAGCGCACAAAACCCUGGACCUUUUCGCCUCUCUACCCCGAUCCCGAAGCCGGGACGUCCUUCGCAGGCAGUUGGCCUGAUCUGCCCACCGCGCAAGGUGUCGUGGCCGUCGGCUUGCAGUACUACCAUCUGUGCAAGAUCCUGCUCACCAUCUACUCGCCGCACGCCUCGCUCGUCGGUCUGGCUGGUGUUCGCGCACGGAAGGCGACGGAUGCGGCGAUACGGAAACAUAUUCGGAUGACGAUUGGAUAUGGCAUUAGUAAUAGCCACUGCGCGAAUGCGAUGUUUCAGGGCAGUCAUAUUUUGAGUGCGUGUGGAGCGUACAUCGUGGAUAGGAGAGAGCAGGAUGCGUGUGUAGAGUAUUUGGAGAGCGUGCAGCGGUUGAUUGGGUGGAGGACGGAUAAGGUGUUGGCGGAUUUGAGAGAGCAGUGGUCGGGUUGA